AUGUUCUCCCUCAGACCGCGCGACGGCUACCCUCAGCACAACAUGAUCGGCGGCCAUGAAGGCAUUGGAGGAAUUUUGAUGGCGCAGGAUGAGUCGCUGAUCAGCGAUCCAGUGGCAGCGCGGUACCUCGCCCACGACUGCCGCCACUGCCAUGCCUGUCUCCACGAUCUACCCGAGCGCUGUCCCUCCCAACGCGACUUCCCACGAGACCACCCCGGGACGUACCAGGACUUGGGUGAUUAUGCGGCUGCCCUAUGCUCCUUCGCCGCUGCAUCCAAGACGCUAAGGAAGUUGAACUCCAGCCCAGAAGAUGUGGUGUUGAUCAGUGGUAUUGCGGGCGCCAUCGGCAAUUUAGCCGGGCAGAUUGCAAGAAACGUGUAUAAGACCAAGGUCAUUGGCGUCGACCUGCCGGAGAAGCAGCCCGGACUGGGUCCACGAAACUCCAGGUGCUAUGAUGCAUUCGUCCCGGUAAAUCGGGACUCGGAAGGGUCUACCUCGUUCAUCGAAGGCCUCUCACGCGCCUGUAGCGACUUACGGGGACCCGGAGUGUCACCUACGAUGGCCGACGGGGUCAUUGUCACGGCGGGAUCGACAGCACCGUACACGAAUCCGAUCCAAUACCUACGUGAAGGUGGCGCUAUCUUCUGCGUUGGAGUCCCCGAGCGCGGCGGAGAGGUAUCCUUCUCCAUCGCCGAGGUGGUCGAAAAAGGCAUCCGGGUUCAGGGCACGCUCAUGGGCGGAUGGGAGGAAAGCUAUCGCGUCAUUCAGUACAUCAGGUCUGCCCUGCUCUCCCCCGUCGUGACGAGGAUCGAGCUCCGGGAUGUUCUCUCUUACAUGCAGCGAUUCGUGUCCUAUGAAAAUACGGGCAAGAUCGUGGUCAAAACAUUGCCUCUCCGUAACCAGCAGCCUGGAUCGCAACUAUUCUUCCUUGCAUUUGCAUGA